CUCAGGAUGCUUUUCUACUCAUUUUUCAAAUCUCUGGUGGGUAAAGACGUAAUUGUAGAGCUGAAGAACGACCUUAGCAUCUGCGGUACACUCCACUCGGUGGACCAGUUUUUAAAUAUCAAACUGACAGAUAUAAGUGUGUCCGAUUCAGACAAGUACCCUCACAUGUUAAGUGUUAAGAACUGUUUUAUCAGGGGAAGUGUAGUCAGAUAUUGCCAUAUUCCGGCAGAAGAAGUGGACCCUGCCCUUUUGAUGGAUGCUACCCGAAAAGAAGCGCAGCAAAAUAAGCAAUCUACUGGAGCUUAACACUGAAUCAUAUAAACAUUAUUAACAGAAGCUAUUACACUAUCACUUACUAUUAUUUGACAUUUUGUCACGAAUUUGUACGUGUUUUCUUGAAAUGGAAAACUGCUUCUUUCGUCAAGGAUGCCAAUCUUUUACAUCUUGUUCUUAAGGUUUAUCUUGAGACAGAGCUUUUGAUAUAUUUUAAUAAUUUGAUAUUUAUCACCUGUAUUGAGUACAUUUCUUCGUGAUACUUUAAAUUCAACUUUUAACA